AUACAAGGGCCCAGUAGUAUCAAACAAUUAAGACGAAAAACGCUAAUAUAUCUUGAUAGACAGUCUUCACUCUUCAAAAUUCACUUCAGAUAUCUGUGUAAUUGGGUAUUCUGUGAGAAAGAAAUGGCGGGAGGAGUGAACAGGAAGAUAUCUGCAGCAUCAGCCAGAGGUCAUACGAGAAAAGCUAAGCAAAACAGUUCCUUUAAGCUUCCCUCAGGGAUGUUGAAGCAAUCUGUAGCGUUGUUUUUUGUGGGGAUUCUGGCAUGGGCUUAUAAGGCAACCCAGCCUCCUCCACCCAAGAUAUGUGGUUCUCCAGAUGGCCCCCCUGUAACAGCAGCAAGAAUAAAACUUAGUGAUGGAAGGCAUUUGGCCUAUAAAGAACAUGGUGUGCCUAAAGAAAUGGCCAAUUAUAAAAUUGUCUUCGUCCAUGGUUUUGAUUCUUGCAGGCAUGAUGCUGUUGUUGCCAAAAGACUAUCUCCAGAAAUUGUCGAAGAUUUAAGAAUCUACACUGUGUCUUUUGACAGACCUGGUUAUGGGGAGAGUGAUCCUAAUCCCAAGAGAACAGUGAAGAGCAUGGCUUUGGAUAUAGAAGAGCUUGCUGAUCAAUUGGGACUAGGAUCAAAAUUCUAUGUAACUGGUUUCUCAAUGGGUGGGCAGGUGCUUUGGAGUUGCCUCAAAUACAUCCCUCACAGGCUAGCAGGGGCAGGACUAUUAGCUCCAGCGAUUAACUACUGGUGGCCUGGUUUUCCUGACAACUUAUCCAGUGAAGCCUACUACCAAAAGCUUCCGCAAGAUCAAUGGGCAUUUCGUGUUGCUCACUACACUCCCUGGCUUACCCACUGGUGGAACACCCAAAAAUGGUUCCCUGCCUCUAGCAUUGCAUCUCUCAAUUUGGAUAUUCUUUCUAGCCAAGACAAAGAACUCAUGGCAAAGCGUUCUGAGAGAAAAAAAUAUGUGGCACAGGUAAGACAGCAAGGAGAAUUUGAGUCUCUGCAUCGUGACCUGAAUGUUGGAUUUGGGGUCUGGGAAUUCAGUCCUAUGGAUCUGGAAAACCCAUUUCCAAACAAUGAAGGUUCCGUCCACUUGUGGCACGGAGAUGAAGAUUUGAUUGUGCCUGUUACACUGCAACGAUACAUUGCCCAACAGCUGCCAUGGAUUCACUAUCAUGAGCUACCAGGUACUGGACACUUGUUCCCACAUGCUGAUGGAAUGUGUGAUAGUAUCAUUAAGGCAAUUUUGAUCGGGGAGAAGUAGCCUUCCAGUUCCACAUUUGUAAUGGGCUACCCCAGUGUUUGAAGGUGCCAAAUUGUCGCUGUUGAUGGGGCCAUAGGAAUAAUGUGAGUUGGCACAACUGAUGGCAUAGGAGUUAGGACUUAGAACUUUAAUCGGUAAAUGCUAUCUCAGUAUUUUCUGUAGUAGAUUUAGUCACGAGGAUGAUCAUUAAUGGCUGCCAUUGUAUUUAUGUUCCGCUCAAAAUUAUGGAUUGUAAGAAUAUUGUCAACAACUUACAAGAAUAUUUUCUAUUCCUUUUUUGAGACUU